AUGAAUAGUAAGUUUUAUGAAAUGCACAACUCAUAUGAUCAUAUGCAUGAUGAUUAUUUAAAUUAUCCUAAUUUUAAAAAAUAUAUUGAUGAAAAUAAUAAUAAUAAUAAUUUUGAAGAAUCUAGAAAAUAUAUACAUAGAGAAAUAACAAAAACUCUGAAUUCAAAUUCUAUAAAAAUCCAUAGAGUUUCAAAUGAAGGAUUUACACAAAAUAAUAAAUCCUCUAAAAAUAUGGAUAAGCAAACUAAAAAGAAAUUUAUGCACAAUAAUGUUGAUGAUACUGAUAUAAAACGCAAUAAAAAUAUUAACAAUUAUACUAACUUAAAAAGUAAUAACAAUUCAAUAUCACCUGUACAUAAAGGCGGAGGUAUUAAGAAAGAAUUAGCCAAAAAUAUUAUGAACAACACAAAUAAAAGGAAUAGUGAUAUAAACAAUGAACGAAUAAAUAGAAUAAGAGAACCAAUGUAUGAAAAAAAAAAUUUAUUAAAAUAUGAACUAUUUUCAGAAGUAAAUAAAAACAUCUUUCUUGAAAAAAGCGAUAAGAAAAAUAAAAGUAUCGAAAAUUUCAUUUUUACUAAUGAGGAAAAGUUAAAUAAUACUAGGAAUAUUAAUCAACAAUAUGAAUUGCAAAAAAAUAACAAUAAUGAGAUUACUGAAGAAUUUAAUCCAAAUAUUCAUAACUUUAAGGAAGUGAAUAACACAAAAAGGAAGAUAAAUAAUUUUACCCUGACUAAAAUAGAGGAUAAAAAAAAGGAAAAGGAUAAUAUAUGUUUUUUCAGUAAGAAAUCCUUUGAAAAUGAGCAAAAAGAAAAUUAUAAUUCCUGUGAUAACUUUAAAAAUAAAAAUAUUUCUUAUAAUGUAAUUAAUAAUAAUAAUAUGUGUAAUUAUGAUAGUAAUUUUAACAUUAAAAGUUUCCAAAAAAAAAUCCUUUAUGAUAGAAAUGUAAAUUCCCAAAACAGUAGAAUAUCAAAUGAUCCUAGUAAAUAUAAAAAGUAUAACAACUUAAAGGAUAAUUUUUUUAUGAAUAAUAAUCAAAGAGAUUUUUCUUCAAAUUGCAACAUAUUAAAAAAUAAGUCAGAAGUUUUAUUGAGAACUGACCUAGAUGAAAAAAUUUAUGCUAAUAAUAUAAUGUAUGAUGAUUAUUUUACUAUUGAAAAUUUAGAAAAAUGUGAUGAGAAAAAGGAAUUUUUUAAAAGAGAAGAAUAUAAUAAUAUAAAAAAUGACAAAAUUAUAGGAUUUAAUUAUCAUAAAAAUUUUAAUAAUAGUAAAAUAUUAUUGAAUAAUAAAAAAUUAGUUGACUCUAAGUAUAAUUUUGAUAAGAGAAAAAAUGUUAAUUUUAUUGAAAAAAAUAACUUAAAUAAAAAUAAUUUUAACAGGGAAUACGUAAAUGAAAAUAAUAUCAACGAACUCUCUUUGCAAGAAAUGAGAAGUGGAUUUAGUGAUAUGAGAAAAGAAUAUUUUCAAAAUGAUUUAGAUAAAAAUGAAAAUAAUAUGUACAAUGAAAAAUUAAAAGAUAAAUUUUCUGAAAAUGAUACAAGAUUAUUAAGUAAUAAUAUUCAUUUUAUUCCUCAUAUAUGCGAUAAUAAUAUCAGCAACAACCCGAAUAUACAAAUAGAACAAAACGAAAAUAAAGCCUUAAUGAAUUGUUAUUUGUCAGAAAAAAAUUUAUAUAAUCAAAAUAAAAAUGACGCAUGUAUUUCUGACAACUUUACAAUGAAUAGUAAUGUUGGAGAUUUAAGUGAUAUAUUGAAUAACAAUGGAUAUCUUGAUGAUUCAUUUAAAUUUGAAUACUUAGAAAUGGGAACUAAUGAUAUGGAUUUAGAAUCUAAAGAAAAUAAUAGCAAUAACUUAAAUCAAGUAGAAAAAAAAGAGGAAUAUGUAAUAAAAUUAUUUUUUGGAAAUUUAGCACCUAUAACUACAGAAAAAGAUAUGCAUAAUUUAUUUAGUAAUUUUGGGAAAUGUGAUUCUUUAAUAAUUUUGAAAGAUAGAAGAAGUAAGUCAAGGGGUUCUGGUUUUGUUACUUUUUAUAAUAUGCAAGAAGCUGUAAAUGCUAUUAAAUGUCUGAAUAAUAAAAUUAUAUUAUCAGGCGCUCAUAAACCUUUAGAAGUUAGAUUUCCUGAAAAUAAAGAAGAAAAAAAAUUAAGGACUAAAUUGUUAAAUGCAGCUAAAUGGAAAGGGAAAAAAAUUGCUCCUAGUGGGUGCUUACCAAUAAGUACAGAAGAUAUAUUAAAUCAAACUCCAUUAAGCAUGAAUAUCCCAAGUAAUUUUACUUUUUUAAAUCAAAACGACUCUUAUUUUUUUUCAGAGAAUGAUAAUGCUUCAUAUGAUAAUAAAGAUAUAAUUAAUUAUGACUCCUCAAACAUAAAUAAUUUUAAUUGCUCAGAAGAGUUCUCUGAAUUAUAUAAAACAACUAGCGAAACAACAGUAGACACAUUAAACACAGAUUAUUUUAACAAAAUGGAUGAGAACAAAAUGAAUAGAUAUAAUUCUUAUAAAUAUAUGCAAGAGAACUUAUCUGAAGAUAUGAAUAUGCAUUUAAUGCAUAAAAAAUAUGAUAGUUUUUUACCAAAUUUUUUAAUUGAUAGUAUAGCAGGAAAAGGAAAUUCAUUUGAAACAAUGGGAACAAUUAAACAUACUUAUGUAGAUGCAGAAAAUAAAACUCUUUUAAGUAAUUUUACUACUGAAAUAAAUGGAACAAAUAGCCUAUCUGAAAUGAAAUAUGAACCAAUAAACAAUACUAAUGAUAAUAAUAUAAACACAAAUUGCAAUUCUAUUAAAAAUUAUAAGGAUGAUCAAAAUUCCUACUUUUUUAAUUUUUGUAACAACUCAGAUAAAGAGAAAAAAGAAAAUUUUAACUCUUUUUACUCAUAUUUAGACAAGAAAAAUAAUUUUCAUGAUACACAGGAUGUAUGUGAACGCGAAUUUUAUGACCCAAGUAAAAAAAAAACUAUCGUAAAAAACGUUUUAGAUGAGAUAGAUAAUGAUAUUAAUGAUAUUAUUGUCAAAUAUGGAACCAUUAAUAAUAAUAAUGAUAAUGAUAAUAAUACUUGCGAUAAUUCGAAGGGAUAUAAUAAUUUUAAUAUACACUAUUUAGGUUUCAAUUUAUCCCAUUUAAUAAAAACAAAUGAAGAUGAUUUAUUAAAAAAUCAAAAUUUGAGUAAUACAAACUCUUGUAAUGAUGAAUUAUAUAACAAUGACAAAAAAAUUAAUGAUUCUGAAAAUGAUGAUCAAGAAGAUGAAUUAUAUAAAUUAAAAACUACUAAUUCUCAAUCUUCAGUAAAUCUUAUAGAAGAACAUAAUAAACAUUUAGAGAUAAAUGACAAUUUAAGCGAUGAAAUGUUAAAAAAUCUAAUUAGCCUCUAUACAAAAAAUAAAUCUUCCAUUUUUACAUCACAUAUGUUUAGUUAUUUAAAUAAUGUUUUAUGUGAAAUAAAUAAUGCACUGGAAAUAUUUAGCAAAUUUAAUGUUAAAACGUCCAUAAAAAAUACGAAUAAAAAUAAGAAACUAAAUAAUGAAAAACAAUUUACGUGA